UUGUAUUCAAAUGAGCUGCCUGACCGGACACGGACUGGCCAAUCAGAGCUCACGGUGUCAUUACACCUUCUUUUCAGAAAUCAUUCAUAACGCCGAUGCGUCAACCACUCACAGAGGAGCCGGCUAUAAAUACGGCUGCGCGCAAAGCACAGACAUUUUCCCAAAAUCAAAGGAAAGACACUACUGAAGAACUAGAGCUCAGCCUCUGCUGCAUUCUACUGUUCAGCGACAUGCAGGCUGUGCGCGGAUUAUAUGAGAGGAAUGCCAUGGUGGUGGCAGUGCUGUGCUCCGUGCUGUCCACUCUUGUGCUGGGGUCCCAGGUGUUGGGGCCAGAUCCAAUCCGCUGCGCCCCCUGCACUCCAGAGAAGCUGAGCCAAUGUCCCGCGGUGGCCCCCGGAUGCGCCGAGGUGCUGCGGGAGCCUGGAUGUGGAUGCUGCCUGGCCUGUGCCCUGAGCUCCGGGGAGCUGUGCGGAAUCUACACCGCGCCGUGCGGCUCCGGUCUGAGGUGCACCCCCAGAGCCGGCGACCCCAGACCGCUACACUCCCUCACCCGGGGACAGGCAGUGUGCACGGAGAUCCCAGAGCCAGAACCCACAUCCCAGCCACAAAUCCAAGAGCAGGCAGAACCAGACUUGGAGAUGGAUAACACUGCUAUCAUCUCGGACCCUGGCUCAAGUCUAUAUCUCUCCGGCCACAACAAGCCCUACGACCCCCGGGCCGCCGCGGACGCGCAGGAGAGCAUGAAGGCCAAACUCAUCGCGAUCCGCAAGAAGCUGGUGGAGCAGGGGCCUUGUCAUAUAGAGCUUCAAAGAGCCUUGGAAAAAAUUGCCAGGUCCCAACAGAAAUUAGGAGACAAGUUAACGAGAUUCUACCUGCCCAACUGUGACAAGCACGGCCUGUACAAACCCAAACAGUGUGAGUCUUCUCUGGAUGGCCAGCGGGGGCGCUGCUGGUGUGUAAACUCCUGGAAUGGCAAAAAGCUUUUGGGUUCGGCGGACGUGGCCACAGAUACCGAGUGCCCUUAAGAGACCAGCUCUGCUCUCCCAAACCAACAAGCCACUGAUGUCCAUGUUAGCUGUUUAUUUAUUGAUUGUAUCCAUGUAAUUCAGGUACACUGUCAUAGUGGGGCGCUGUCCCCACCCCUUCAGACCCCGUCCCAAAGAGUGAAAAUCUAUUUUUGUUUUUAUGCAUUUACGUCUAAACUUUUGCCUUAUUUAUUUUAAUGUUUUUUUUUUUGGUUUUUGUUUUUUUUAUUAUUUGUAAUUAUUAUUAUUAAGUAUUUAUAUCAUUUUGCCUUACUGAUAUUAUUAUUGAGUGUAUAUAAAGUGUAUAUAUGUAACUUGUAUUUGAGUGACUCCAGGGCUAUGGAGUUACCUGUGGUUUGGUUAGUGAUGAACCAAACCAGAACAAAAGCACUGAGUGACCAAAUGUCAUUUAGAAGUAUUUCUAAAUGUUGAUAUUUCACAUUGUUGCAAAUGUUGUCUUUAGUCUUUGAUUCUGAUGUGACUCAUACUCAGCUCUUGUCAGUAAUGCAAACUCCCACUGGGGGAAUCCUUCUCAGAAAACAUAUCCCAUGGUUCCAUGGGGCUGCAGAUUUAGCACGAGGCGGUGCAGCCUGCACUGCUCACACGGGUAUUUCUACAUUUACCUACCUCCAAUAUUUAUGUGUCUGCUGUCACUUGUGUUGAUGUAUUUGACUGUAUACGUGUGUUAUGUGUGUGUUAUGUGUGUGCAUAUGUGUGUUCUCUCCGACCAAAAACACAUGACCACAGCACUGAGGUGCUCUGAACACACACGCUGCUGUCAGAGAGUGACUGAUGUCUCUGUACACUUUUGUAACUUGUCCUGGGAGAAAGUGAUGUAUUUAAUAAAAACAACACCGUGUAA